GCACGCGAUUCGAUGAUCGGGGUGAGAUGUAUGUCGCGAUAUUCUGUUUGGGAUAUAGCUUGGAAAUGCUCUCUGGCGGUGAUGGAAAGCACCACAUUCGUAUCCAUGUUGAGGAGCAGGGAACAUUCAUUAUCUUGUCGACAACAGAUGAUACAAGCCCCUUUCUUCCCUUUCCUUUGCCUUUGCCUCUUCUUGCCCUUGCCCUUGCCCUUGCUGCUGGAUGCUCAUAACAAUUUACUUCUUGUCUUCCAACCUCAUUGAAAGGAUGAUGCGCUGAAUAUCGUUGUCAUUGGGUGUCGCUGGGUCCACUUGGCGCCUAACAAAGAAUCCGGGGUAGCUAUAUUUUAGUGCUGCAACCUGCGCCACCGAUAAUCUCAAAUUACCAACUCCGACUUCGAGCAAUCCCAAUCGUUUUUGUAACAACAACAAGCUAUGAAAGAACGGAAAUAGCUAUCAUGAGUUCCUCGCCAUCGGCUUCAGAAGGUUCCAGCGCGUCGCCCGUAAAUAGAGACGCUCAACGAGAUCGAAGGUUUGGAAAGAACGGUGCAAAACGAGGGAAAUUACGCAAUGGAACAUUCGUAUUACCUAGUACAGGAGAACGAGUUCGCAGACAAAUUACACUCAGAGGUCCUUCGGGAUUUGACGGGCCGGCGCGAUCAUCUUCACACGAAGAAGGUUUGGGGUUGGGUCUGAAUUUGAGGGGAGAAGACGCAAAUAGAUUUCAAAGAGCUUGGAAUAAUUGUGUUAAAUCCUCGAAGGAAUUUGCACAAUGGAUAAAGACUCCCACUGGAAAGGGAAUUCUAAAAUGCUCGUUAGCAUACACACUUGGGAGUUUGGCGACUUUCUCACCGCACUUAGCCAACUUCCUAGGGCAACAAGAUGGAAAACAUAUGGUUGCUACAAUCACGGUAUACUUUCACCCUGCAAGAUCAUCGGGGUCCAUGAUUGAAGCCGCAAUACUGGGUAUAUCGGCAUUCCUAUACGCGGUCUUCAUAUCAGUGUCGAGCAUGGCGGUCUCGGUGUACUGCGAAACUCAAUUGGGUCUCAUAGAACUUGGUUAUACCCUUAUUCUCAUAGUGUUUUGUGGAGGAGGUCUAGGAUUUAUUGGUUGGUUCAAGCAGGCCUACAAUGCCCCAUUGGUUAGUGUUGCGUGUAGUCUGGCAAGUUUGGCAAUCAUCACGGUUCUCACAAAAGAGAAUGCGGUGCAAGUGGGUGUUUUUUCGAAUGAUAAAAUUGUACAGGUCAUGAAAAUGGUUAUCAUGGGGAUGGUUUCAACGUCAAUCGUCAGUUUGUUGGCAUGGCCAAUAUCUGCUCGAGCAGAGCUUCGAGAAAGCAUGAUCAAGACCACAGACUCAUUUGGAGAUAUGCUUACUAUGAUUACUCGAGGAUUCCUUAGUGGUUCGGAAACUGAUUUGCGCUCGAGUUCUUUUGAUCGAGCUCAAAAGCAAUACAAAUCGGUCUUUACUCAGCUCAAAAAAAAUCUAAAGGAAGCGAAACUGGAACAUUACGUCCUAGGCACCGAAAACGAAUAUGCCAUUGAAGCGAGGCUUGUUGGUUGUAUGCAAACACUUGCCCAGUCCAUUGGAGGGUUACGGAGUGCUGCAAUGACACAAUUUUCGUUGCUUCAAGAACCUCCAUUAGGCAGUGCAACGCCGACGGGCUCGCAUGGUUUCCCGUCGUCUCAAGUAAAUCCCCUCAGCCGACCCAUCAGCAGCAAAUCAGAUCGUUUUGCAGUUCUUGGAGCUAUCGAGGAAGCAUCGGAAGAGGGCAGUGAUCUCGAUGCCAUUUCAGAGAGACCUAAGUUCCUUACUCGCCAAGGUACCGAAACCACUUUAUCGAGUAUAGUUAUGCCGACAGUUCGGUCUCCAUCGGAGAUCUUUGGACGAUUUAUUCUUCAUCUUGGCCCGUCAAUGAAGUCGCUCGCAUAUACACUCUCUCAAAUCCUAGAAGAGCUACCAUUUGCCGAAGGGCCCGAAUACCGCAUUACUAUAAAUGAGCAUUUCCGAUCAAGUCUGACAGAAGCAUUGAAACUAUACAGUAACGCAAGAGCUCAAGCACUAAAGGAACUCUAUAAAUCUAAAGAACUUGAUAGAACCCGCCCCGAAAGUAUUGAAGCUGAUUUCGAAGAAGUGGCUGCAAGUUGCGGCCAUUUCAGUUUCAAUCUACAAGAUUUUGCAAACGAGAUGCAAAACUAUUUGGCUAUCCUAGAAGAGUUAAAAGAAGAAGUAGAGUGUUCAAAACAUCGUUCGUGGAAAUGGCUCAUGUUUUGGCGAAAGUCUAAUCGCCAGUUCAAAGCAGAUGCUAUCGACGAUGAAGAGCAGGAACAACUUAUCGCGAGGGAUGGAGGUAAUGAGUUGCCCAAAGACAUUCCUGAUCCUUUACGUACCAGGCUUGGAUAUAGAAAGGUUGAAAUUACUUCUAGAGUCAACUCAGAGACUAAGGGAGGGUUUAUACGCCGGAAGGCAAUGUGUAUGGUACGAUUCUUAGAUCGCGAUGAUAUUCGAUUUGCCGUGAAAGUUGGCCUCGGAGCUGCUCUUUAUGCUCUGUUUGCUUUCAUACCCGGCACAAGACCAACAUAUCAGCAUUACCGUGGAGAAUGGGGACUUCUGUCUUAUAUGUUAGUGUGUAGUAUGACAAUUGGAGCGUCUAACACCACUGGCUGGGCUCGUUUCAUUGGUACUUUCAUCGGUGCCGUGAUCGCAUGUGUGGUUUGGGUCAUCUGUGUUGGAAAUCCUUACGCAUUGGCUUUCUGCGGAUGGCUUGUCAGCUUACCGUGUUUUUAUAUUAUCAUUGCAAAAGGCAAUGGUCCCUUCGGUCGCUUUAUCAUGCUUACCUACAAUCUUUCUUGUUUGUACGCGUAUUCUUUGUCCGUCAAGGAUUCCGAUCACGAUGACGACGAAGGUGGUGUCAGACCAAUUAUCACCGAAAUUGCAUUUCAUAGAGUCGUUGCGGUUCUUGCAGGUUGUAUUUGGGGUUUGAUCAUCACAAGAGUUGUAUGGCCGAUUUCAGCAAGACAGAAAUUCAAAGAAGGUUUGUCACUUCUGUGGUUGCGAAUGGGUCUCGUUUGGAAAAGGGAUCCCUUAUCAACAAUUGUAGAAGGCGAGUCUCAAUAUGCAUACAUGAAUUUGAGAGAAGAAUUCGAAUUUCAAAGGUAUAUAUUUGUACUUGACAAACUUCGAAGCUCAGCCACAAGCGAAUUCGAACUUCGAGGCCCAUUCCCAUCUGCUACCUAUGGGCGAAUAGUCGAGGCUACGACUAAAAUGCUGGAUGCUUUUCAUGCUAUGAAUGUAGUUAUCCAAAAGAACGCUGAAGCUAGUGAGGGGGAAGCUUUAUUAUUGAAAUUCACAGAAGACGAAAGAGCGCAGCUCUCUGCGAGGAUCAGCCAUUUGUUUCAAGUCAUGGCCUCCUCAAUGAAACUCGAGUAUCCUCUCUUAACAGACGGCCUUCCUAGCACGGCUCAUUCCCGCGAUCGUCUCUUAGCAAAGAUUUUUCAAUAUAGAAAAAGUAUGUCUAUUAGUAACGGUCGCAUCGACGAGGAUGAAUACACGCAAGUAAACGAUGAUUAUGAUGGAUUGACAAACUCUGGCGGGUUGGAGUUGCAAGGGACUGGGGUGCAGAGAAGAUCAAGUCAAGGAAUCACAGUGAAAGAUGAAGAUUAUGAAAUCUUGUAUGCUUUUAUUUUGGUAACGGGCCAAUUGGCAGAGGAAAUCGGAAAGGUGCAGAGGGAAUUGGAGGUGUUAUUUGGUGUGUUAGAUGAGGGAGUAUUGGAAUUGAGGUAGAGGUGAAAGUGAUAAAAGCGAGAGAAGCUGUUCUUCGGAACUAAACUCUGGAGUCAGAUGAGAUGCGAAAAAAGAUGAAAAGAUGAGAGUUCAUUUAAACACAACCGAACCGAUGAAGUUCAGCAAUGGGUAGUCAUAUCAUUGUCGUCUUCUAAGCUUUCUAAAUAGUAAUGUCAAGUAUAGCAUGGAGUUUGGCGAUCAAUUUUUGGGAAAUCUCGAUGGCUGGGAAUGGAAUGGACCGGAUCGGAAUGGAUGAGAAAACGAAGGAUUGGGAAAUUCAAAAUAAAUUCGAUUUACAAUUCGUCGGCUCUUUUAAUUAGUAUAUGGAUAGUUACAAUAUAUAUACAUAUAGUGUUCAGUGAGUGACAUAUCAACUUUCAGCCUUGUUCAUGAUUUCGCUGCCUGAGAUUGUGAUAUGAGAAAUGAUGAAUCUUUUGAGUUGCUAUUUGCCA